AUCCAGGGCUUCCCAGGUGGUACCAGUUAAAUUGAACACUUAAGGAAAGCUCCUCCACGAAGCAGAGAAAGUGCAUGGCAGCACAAGCAUGAGGCUGAUCCUUGUCCAGAGAGCAGUGUGAAUGGCAAUAUGAAGACAAGGGAUGCUAUAGAUCACCCCGACAGCAGUAGUGCAGCACUAGGAGAUACCCUGAGGCUAAAUUGACUCUUGAGGCUACAAAAGAAGCUUGCUUCCUGCCUGGAUCCCCAUUGGCUGGUAAAGAUUUUUUGAGCCCUGGCAGAGCAGGCUCUACUGGUAUAUCUAGCGGCAGUGCUCCUGGAAGGGGAAGAGAUAAGGACAAGCACGGGUGGUCUGUCAGAACUGGAGAAUGGAUCUGAAAAUGUUCCUAGUCUUCACCGCAUUUCUGCUUCACACUACCCUGGGCUUCCCUAUUCAGGACAACUCUGGAAACAGUACAGCAACAACAGAACCUACUCAGGUUACUACAGAAGAAGAUAUAUAUGAAUCUCCAUCACCUAUAGAGACAGACUCUGAGGAUGAAGUUAUUUUUAACAGAAUUCUGAAAGUUAACAAAGACUGCUCUCGGUACUUGCAAGAAGGUGACAUAGUCCCACAAAGGAGCCGCAGUGCCAUUAACUGUCGCAAUUGCUACUGGCCCCAGUCCAGCGAUGGGAUUGUUCGUGUUCCCUAUGUCUUGGAUCCUACUUAUGAGGAGAGCCACGUAAAAGGGAUUCAGGAAGCUAUGGCAGAAUUCGAAACACUGACUUGUAUUAACUUUGUGAAGCGCAAGACAGAACGUGAUUACCUCAGCAUUAAAUCUGCUGAUGGCUGCUGGUCCAACUAUGGAAAAGUAGGAGGUGGACAGACUGUCUCUGUGAUGAAAGGAGGCUGCAUGUGGAAAGGAAUAAUUCAGCACGAACUGGACCAUGCCCUGGGAUUUUUGCAUGAACAUUCUCGAAGUGACAGGGAUAAAUAUGUAAAGAUCAUGUGGGAGUACAUCAGCCCAGCUGACAGACCAGACUUCAAGAAAUUUGAAAACUCUAACAACCUGGGUCUUCCAUAUGACUAUUCUUCAGUAAUGCACUAUGGCCCAUACACAUUCACUAAUACCACUGGAAAAGCAACUAUUGUACCAAUCCCUGAUGGAGCAGUACAUAUUGGACAGAGGCAGGGACUAAGCAACAUGGACGUGGCCAAAAUCAACAAGCUCUACAAUUGCAGUCGCUGUAGCACUAUUCUCGAUGCAGCAUUUGGGUCACUGAAAUCUGCCAACCACCCAAGAAAUUACUCACAUAAUACCAACUGUGUCUGGCUUAUCCGUACCCGAUCGAGAAAGAUUUCCCUGCAUUUCCGUGCCUUUGAGCUGCAGAAAACCAGAGGCUGUCAGGGUGAUUAUGUCAAAGUUUAUGAUGGAUCCAGCAAGUCUUCUACAGUUUUAAUGGACAAAACCUGUGGAUCAAAGAUACCCACGGAUGUAGUUGCUUCUAGCAAUCUUAUGCUCGUAGAGUUUGUCACAGAUGGUGCUGGUACAGCUUCUGGUUUCCAAGCCACCUUUACUUCCGUAAGGAUCCAAAGAAAACCUAGCAGCCACAACUGACUUAAUGGAGAAGAAUCUAUUCUGUGAAUAUUGAAAUUAUGCAUUUCCAACUUUGCUCCUAUCUUGGCUUGGAUCAGUAUGAAAUUUAAUUCUAUUAAGAAUCGAAGUCUUCACCUUCCUGAGAAAGUUUAUUCCCCAAGCCAUACAAAUGUAUGAAUUCUAUACAUCUGGUAUACUCCCCCUUUCAUCUGCACAGUUAAGUUAUUACCUCCUUCUAUUUAACAAUUUAAUAAAAAGCUUCAUAAAAAAAAGUUUCCAUUUAUAUUUUCCAGUAGUCCCUUCCUGCCUCACACAAUAUCAACGUCGUCUUACUUCUUAGUACCCUUCAUUCAGCCACAGAGGUAUCUCUUAAGAAUAUCAUAGAGAUGUUCUCAUAGGUUUAGACAGCUGAAGAGACCAGCUGUAACUUUACAAAUCAUUUCCUAUUCUCCGCAGUCUUCAGCAUGAAAGAAUGUCCUAGAAACAGCCUCUUUUCCUAGCCUAACAUUCAAGUUUCCAAAAAUGACAUCUCUCUUAAAUGAUCCUGUUACAUCCUUAAAUCACAAGAAAGACAGACAUGGUAAAGUUGUUGCCAUAAAGUAUCGAUACAUCCUAUUGCAGUUUUCAUUGUACAGUUCUGGUAGGCAGGGGCCACCUAAGGGUGCUUUUUUAUCCAGAAGCCAUUUUUACUCCACAGACACAGUUAAGCCUGUGACAGGAUAAGAGCUGAACUAGAUAAUGCUGCCAGAGUUCAAGCACUUCUUCAGUUCAGGGAAGAAAUCUUUUGUGAGGCAAGAAACUAAACUUUCCUGUUCUGAUCUCUCAAGGAAGACAGAGAGCUGUAAGAUUGGCAGAGCCCCUGGAAAGCUCAUUUCUUAGCCUU